AUGAGAGACCUUCAUUUUAAGGACUACUUCUGGGACUCCUCUGACCUAACCACCACAGGAGGCUAUGAUGUCAUCGUCCAGUACCUCAGUGAGGGCAGGAGGAUAUGCAAGGAGGUGGAGGAAUUCAUGAAGGCUAGAGCAACAAUUGAAGAGAAAUAUGCCAAAGAACUCCUGAGUUUGUCCAAGAAAGUGUGUGGGCACAAUGAGAUGAACACACUGAAGAGAUCGCUGGACGUGUUCAAAUUACAGACCGAAAAUGUGAGCCUGUCACACCUACAGCUGGCACAGACCAUGAGAGAUGAGGCAAAGAAACUAGAAGACUUCAGGGAAAGGCAAAAAGAUGCGAGGAAAAAGACGGAACAACAGGUGGACGCUCUCCACAAACAAAAAGUAUCACAGUUUAAGAAAACCAUGGAGUCAAAGAAGACCUACGAGCACAAGUGCAGAGAAAAAGAAGAAGCGGACCAAAACGUGAAUCGAAACAGCAGCACUCACAACACCAAGCAGACAGAAAAGCUCUUUGCAAAAGCACAGCAAGCAAAACAAAAUGCAGAAGAAGCGGACAAGGUCUACCUUCAUAAUGUGUCAACGCUGGACAAGAUCAGACAGGAGUGGCUAAUGGAACACAUCACUGCCUGUGAGACAUUUGAAAGGCAGACAAUUGAGCGGAUCAGUGUUCUGAGGAACGCAGUUUGGACACAUGUCAACCAGCUGUCCCAGCAGUGUGUUACUAGCGACGAGUUCCAUGAGGAAGUGAGAAAGUCCUUGGAGCAGUGUAACAUUCGGGAAGACAUUGAACAUUUUAUAAACCUGAGGCAGACUGGCAACACACCACCAGCUCCAGUUGUGUACGAGAACUUCUACACUGCUCAGAGAAGUCACAGUCUACACCCACUGUCUAGACAGCUUCCUACAACCGGCAGGAGAGGACCAAUACCGGAUCCACUAGACGAUGACAGAGGUGAUGGGCUAUAUGCAACAGUGCAAGAUCCAAGGUACAGUGUUAUCAAGUAUUAACACAAAGAUCUACAAG